UCUGACCCCCAGUCCCCGCAGUGAUGCUCGGGCCCAGUGGCCGCCAUUGAUUUCGGGGCCGAUGGGAAACUGUUUAAAAUCUCCGACAUCGGAUGAUAUUUCGCUGCUUCACGAAUCUUCAGAUCGAGCGAGUGACACCGAGCAGGAGCCGCCCCCACCAUACCAGGAACAGGUGCAGGUUCCUGUUUACCACCCUACUCCAAGUCAGACCCGACUAGCUACUCAACUUACCGAAGAGGAACAGAUUAGAAUAGCGCAAAGAAUAGGCCUCAUUCAACACUUGCCCAAAGGAGUCUAUGAUCCUGGAAGAGAUGGAUCAGAAAAGAAAAUCAGAGAGUGUGUUAUAUGUAUGAUGGACUUUGUUUAUGGUGAUCCAAUUAGAUUUCUGCCGUGCAUGCACAUUUACCACCUGGACUGUAUAGAUGACUGGCUGAUGCGAUCCUUCACGUGCCCUUCAUGCAUGGAGCCAGUGGAUGCUGCAUUGCUUUCUUCAUAUGAGACCAACUGAGAAGGCUUUAGCUUCUAUAUCUGGGCACCAUGGGAAAAAAUAAAUCCUGAUCUCUACCACUGAGCCAAAGAGUCAGAGAUUUGGAGAACUUUGAUUGUAUGCGAUCAUGUACUAAGUACAACACUGACAAUAACUCAUCUAUGACUGCAGAUGUAAAAAACUUAUAUACAAACACCUAAAAUGCUGUUUUUUUUAAAAAAAGUCAAAUACACAAAGCCCUGACCACUUGUUAUGAAAGAAAGAUGGGGUAAUAAUGCAUUUGAAGCAUUAAAUACUGGCCAUCCUUUUAUAGCUCACUAGUGCAGAGACUCUGAUCAUGAUGUGGUAAAGAGUAACUUUCAAUCCUCAAAGUGAAGAUUUGCAAAACAUACUUGCACGGAAAUGAAACUGUAUCCUCCCUCUUGUCAUUUCACUUGGGCUGUUCAUAUUUGCUUUCCUAUACUACCAGAUGAUAGAUAUUAUUUAGCAGGAGUCAUUUGUCCCAUUAGACAACAAGUCGUUGAGCAAUGAAGGCCUAUUUUCUCAGUUCAAGAGUUAGUUGAAAAGCCCGUUUUAAAAGAAUUUCACAAGCACAGAGUUAAUGCCUAUUGUGGCUCAGUUCUGCACCUGUUUGUGUGGAUAUUUGUCUUGAAGCAGGAGGAAGCCUUAAAAACACUUAUAGAGAUUUUUAGGUUCCUUCCAAAAUUAAGCUUAAAGUUAAGACUGUAGCUUUUAAUUUUACUGCCACAUUCUGUGAUUAGACUAACUAACUUGCAAACUGCUGCAUAAGUGAUAAAAUACCAGGAUACUGUUUCUGCAAUGCAAUAUGUUGUCUGCUACUGUCAUGUUGUGUUUCAACAAUGAUGCCCUGCGGUGUUGUUGGGGAUAGUAACAUUUGGGCCAAGGCUUUGUUUUGAAGGAAAACUCUAGGCGCCAGUAUAACUAAUAAUUUGUGCAGAAGAUUAAAAUGUUAAGUUAUCUUUUCGAAGAAUCAUUUUUAGCUUCAGUCAAAUACAUUUUAGUACUAUAUAUAUAUUGUGUUCUAUCCUGGAGACAGACUUUGCAAUACAGUAAGUGACAAUCCCAUGGUCAUCUGCACAAUAUCAGUCGGUGCUAAGCAAAGAUUUUAGAGUUGAUGCUUAACCUUUGAUUCCUGAAAGGAAAAUUAGUCUGUGGUUAAUUCUGAGGCGAACAUCCUAAACAGCAUCCACAAUAUAAUUGUUCAAUUAAAGUUUUUGAUGUGCCGAUUGCUCAAACUAAGUUUAAAUGGGACACUCAGUUUUUGUUCUCCAAAGGAUCAUUGGGUAUACAUAAAUUUAGAUGCAAUUUUUUGGCAUUUUGCAUUAAAAAUAUUGGGUAGAUAAAAAUAAUUUGUUAAACACUACCUUUGUAAGUGGGUUGCUUUGUACACAUAAAGAUAAAGUGAUCCUAUAUGCAACACAGUAUUUACCAACUUGCGUCAGACUGCACUAAACCAGUACGCGCUCAUCUUAAAGCCAUGGCAGAGCUAGAAAUUUAAUACAAUCAGUUCCAGGGAAAAAGAAUGGUGAAGCUUUUUUUUUACUGUUAGUGCAUGACAGGGUAGAUUGAUCAGGAAAUCUAAUAUUUUGCUAUUUAAUUGAAGAUUUAAAGGGUGUUGUCUUCAGGAGAAGGUGACAAGCUAAAACUUUUUUGGAGGUGAAAAGGGAAGAGGAACCACAAGUCCAUUUUCAUCGCACUAAUGUUGCACAGAAGUGCCAUGGUGAUGCAAUUCAACACAACUUAUGUAUUCACAUUGUAUUUAUAAAGUUUGCCAACGUUUUUUGUUGAAGAUUGUAUCUCGCUAAAAGUGCUACUAGGUAUGAAAAUCUAGUUAUGAAAUGUAAAAAAUGAAUUUUUAUAAUUGGACCUGGAGUUUUCCUUUUUUAAAAAACAAAUAAAUCUGCGACACUGGCACAAAGUAGGAGUUAAAAUGCUUGUUUUGCACAGUUCUUUUCCAUUCAAAAUGGAAUUCAUGGCCUUGGGUCUUUUGAAAUGGUAUCUUUGUUAUUAGUCUGAUUGGAGUGGUGCUCAAAUAUUACACCUGUGAUCAUGCGGGUUUCUGUAUCACUCUCUACGAGUGGCAUCUGGAUAAUUCGCAGCCAUAUAUUACUUGCUGUGCUUCUAGUAAAAGCAAAGAAUAUAAAUCACAUUUUUUAAAAAACUCUUCACUCACAUAUUGCAUUCAAGAUUCUGGAUUUCCUGAGCACUAUUUGCCAGCUGAUUUGCAGGUCUUGUAAACUAAUGAAAGCUGAAAUAAAUAACAGUGUUGGAUGGGGGGGUUGGGUUGUUGUUUGUUCAAAACAGCCUAAAGGCUCUGUAGCUUUUAAUAGUCUGGUAGAGUUUGCAAAUGGCAGAUUUAAAUUUGGAUUUUUUUCCCCUAUAACUUGAGGGAUAAAUUUUGCAAAAGCUGCCUCUGUAGUUGGAAGCCAUUAAGUCUUGUUAAUGAAAAAGGAAGAUCUGUAUUUGUGCAAUAUUUUCAAUAGAGAACCAUAUUAUUUUAAUGCUUUUUCUUUUAUAUCCAUUCCACAGACUUGGGUCGCCCUAUUCUUUUGUUUUAUUGUAAUUGUUUUUUUAAAAGUUCUUUUGGAGUGAAUAUUGUGGGAGUAAUCAAGAACUGCCCGAGCUUUGAGUGUUCCAUUUUUAUUUAUAACUGGUAUAUUGCAUGUGAAAUAGAUACAGCAGUGGGGAGGUUUAGUGAGGUGUAUGUUCCUAGGCGCUUUGUGUUCAAAGUUACAACACAAGUUUGUAUUGAUAACCUUUUAGAAGACCCCUCCAGGCUUGAGGAAUUUGACAUACUUUAUUGCAUUGUCUAAUCUGACAAUUUUAAAUUAAACUGCUUUGCCCCUCGUGUAAAAUGUUUACAUCCCCUCAUUCUAUUUUAAGAUGAAUUAAUGGGGUGUGGGCUUUGGUGCAGCUAUUGAAGCAGGUCAUGCCAUCGAUGAUUCAUGUCACCUCGCUCGGGUGGAUUAUUCCACGUGCUGCUACCCUACGUGAAGCCUAUAUCUAAUUGCAAGUUGUUGUUGUCAAGUAUCCCCUUUUAAGCAGCCCGACCUGAACGUAUUGGAGCUAGAGGAUCAAACGUCAGCUGCUGUGGACCCACUCUUCAAGUGACACCCCACGUCUUCAAAAUGAACAAGCUUGUCAGAUUUGUUUGACCUCCAUAUACUGCCAUAACAUAUUUCUGCAAUAGCAUUUUAAAAAAAUGAACAUUUAAUUUUUAUAAGAGCAAAAUAAACUCCACUAAUUUGGGUUUGUACUUGCUUAAAACCAACAGAAAUGUGUUCUAGCUAAUCGUAGCAUUAAUUUUGCUGUAAACAGUUUUGAUGCAAUAUAGUUUUAGAUGGUUAUCUUUUCAGCAAAUGUACCUCAAGCUUAGAGGGUGAAGGCUUUAGAUUCACAGUAAGGUGAAAACUAUUUUGUCCCUCUUUAAUAUAUGUGAGGUUAUCUUUAACUGUCAAAUACAGUAAAUUUUGUUUUUGAAAUAAAGCUUAAUUAAACAGAUGAUGUUGACCAACUGCUGCAAUAACUGCAGUCAUUUUAAUGGGCUUUAGUCAACAAGACCUUCCUCAUCUAAUUAAUAGAAAAUAUUUUGAAAUGCAUCAUGAUAAAUUCUUAAAUAGUGGGAUAAUUUUUGCUUGAAUUUUCAAAGUGUUCAAAAGCAUAAAUAUACAGUAAAUAUCCUGGCUAUAAUGGUAUAAACUAUUUCUAUGCACAUUGUAGUACUUUUUAUUGCAUUAUCUAUUCAGUUGUAUAUUACAUUUGGUUUGGUUUUAUUUAUUAGUCAUCAACGUGCUGUCUAAAUAGUUACAUGGUUUUUAGGUUUUGUUUAGGUUCAUCUGAACAUUUUGAACUGUAGCUUGAGUUGUUGGUUAAUUGUUUUACUCUUUUUGUGUGUGUGUUUAUACAUCUUGAUAUGUGUGCCUCGCUUUGUUUUUGAGAGUCUAACUCAACAGUGCUAUUGUGCCGGCAACAGAAGAAUAUUGGUAAAAUACUGCACAAUAUACCAUUUACAGCUGUGGAUCGAAAGACUGCAUUUUAGUGAACAAAAACAUACAUUAUGCUUCAGUUAGCUCAACUUUUAGUGUCAUUGUGGAUUAGUUAUUCAAAUCAUUUUAUUUAUUAAAAGCAUUGCACAUACCAAUAAGCUGAGAUUCAUGUAUAAUUAUUUAUGGGCUUGAUUGGGAUGGCAGAUAUUAAAAAGACUGCAAUUCUAAAAUGUAA